UACAAUUUCACAACAAACACUUUUCCAAGAUGGCGCAGACUUUGGAAGACAAGGCGAUUUGGGAAGACGGGGAGGAAUCUGUUGGUGAGGAGGUAUUGCGCAUGUCAACAGAUGAAAUAAUUCAAAGAACCCGACUCUUAGACAAUGAAAUCAAGAUAAUGAAGAGUGAAACCAUGCGUAUAUCGCAUGAGUUACAAGCACAGAAGGAGAAAAUAAAAGAGAAUACAGAAAAAAUCAAAGUCAAUAAAACUUUACCUUAUUUGGUAUCCAAUGUGAUUGAGCUACUUGAUGUUGAUCCAGAAGACCAAGCUGAAGAAGAUGGCGCUAAUGUAGACUUAGAUUCACAAAGAAAAGGGAAAUGUGCUGUUAUAAAGACAUCCACUAGACAAACCUAUUUUCUGCCUGUUAUUGGUCUUGUGGAUGCUGAACAGUUAAAACCUGGUGAUCUGGUUGGUGUAAAUAAAGAUUCAUAUUUAAUCUUAGAAACUCUUCCCCAAGAAUUUGAUUCUCGAGUUAAAGCCAUGGAAGUUGAUGAACGACCAACAGAACAAUACAGCGAUAUUGGUGGUUUAGAUAAACAAAUUCAAGAGCUUGUAGAGGCUGUUGUAUUACCAAUGACUCACAAAGACAGAUUUGAAAACCUUGGAAUUCAGCCACCAAAAGGAGUGUUGCUGUACGGAGCACCAGGAACGGGUAAGACACUGAUGGCCAGAGCAUGUGCUGCACAGACCAAAUCCACAUUUUUAAAGUUAGCUGGUCCACAGUUAGUACAGAUGUUCAUUGGUGAUGGUGCUAAGCUGGUGAGAGAUGCCUUUGCUCUUGCCAAAGAAAAGCUACCUGCCAUUAUAUUUAUUGAUGAAUUAGAUGCUAUUGGAACAAAACGAUUUGACAGUGAAAAAGCUGGUGACAGAGAAGUACAAAGAACUAUGUUGGAAUUACUCAACCAAUUAGAUGGAUUCUCUUCUAAUGAGUCAAUUAAGGUGAUAGCUGCGACUAACAGGGUAGACAUAUUAGAUCCUGCUUUACUAAGAUCAGGGCGACUUGACAGAAAAAUUGAAUUUCCAGUGCCCAAUGAAGAAGCUAGAGCUAGAAUUAUGCAAAUCCAUUCAAGGAAAAUGAAUGUUAGUGCUGAUGUCAACUUUGAAGAACUUGCUCGAUGUACUGAUGAUUUUAACGGUGCCAUGUGUAAAGCUGUUUGUGUUGAAGCUGGUAUGAUUGCAUUACGUCGUGGAGCCAGUGAACUUACACAUGAAGACUAUAUGGACGGCAUAUUGGAAGUACAGGCCAAGAAAAAAUCCAAUCUUAAUUAUUACGCUUAAUUGUAAUUAUUAUGAAAACAAUUACUAUACCAGUGAUAAUUGCCAGCUUUCUAUAUUUUAUUCUCUAAACUGGGUGUAGUUGUCUUCUUAUAUUGUCAAAUCUAUCAGACAUGUGAUAUUGAGUACUUAGUUAUUGUGUUAACAUCUGGCAUGUCAACAGCUUUGUGGCAACAUCAUAGCAUACUACCUAUAUGUAUCUAUUUUCACUUAUCUGUACAUUGUUGGAAAUUGCUGUACUUUUCUGUAAUAAGAGUAUUGGAAUAAAAGCACUUCGGGGUUCAACUGUU